CUCUUGUAGAGCCCUCCAGGACCACCUCCAGAAAAGCGCUGAAGCUGCUCAAAAAGCAGUCCGGGAUUGGGAACGAGACGUCAAGGAGCGUGAUCUCGCAGAAAAGCGACGGUUAGCGCCUGGCUGGCUAGAUCGUCAAGAGAAGAUAUUAGAACCCACAAAGGUUCCCAUCAAACAAGGCAGCGGCCACGACUUGCUUGACGGACAACCAUCAGCUGUAAUAUCCGCACCAGCCAUGUCACCCACUCGCGAAGGCGAAGAACUUGAUCGAGCGUUCGGGGGACUCGGUCUUAAGUGAUGCGGCGGUGGCAGUCAGGACUGUUUAUACCUCACCCAUAACAAUAACACUCACACCUAGAAUUGCAUCUGCUGCAAAAUGCGUCCAGCUCGUCUGACUUCGCUAAGAUCGGUGGUAUCCCACGGCCCUCUGGUUGUUCGUCACAGCUUUCCGCAGCUCAGAGUCUACUGUUCCAAAGCGCAGAGAGUCGGUUCCCAGUCAGCAAUGCCAACAACCCCGGAUUGCACGGCCGUCUCCUCGAGUACCAGUUUACUGUCACGAGUCAUAGACCAACCUUUCGAGACGUGGCAGUCGAUCUUCUUGUCCUUGGCCUUCUUCUUUGCUUUCGCUCUCGUGGUGGUCUUCCUAGGCAGACGAUACGUCGAACUUCUAACGUUCAAUGCGUACUCAUGCUCCAACCCUCCCGCGACUCUCGAAGGACAACGGGCAUGGGAAGAGGCUAGCAGUGUGGUUGACGCCCACACCAAUCCCGAUGAUGGCUCAGGUGUUCGACAGCGACCCCGGCUUGUGUACGUUCAGCCAAGCAUUGUUGCGAUUGGAAAGGUUCAAGCAGGGAAAAUCGCUCAGAGACGAGCUUCUUCAUCACGCAUUGUAUCGGACAAGGCACAAUAAGUCCACAAUGACCAGCCAGGCUCACCAAUAAGAGGUGGUGAGUUUCUGGAGAGCACCUUGUACAGUAUUCAUAUCGCCAUGUGGAUAAGAGGAUUGAGAAGAAGAGAUUACGCCCUAUGAACGAAAUCCAUUUUGUUCUCGCAAUAGCAGCAAAAUCCAUCUACGGGGCACAAUAUCCACCAUCGACAAUUAUGUCUGUGCCAGUCGUGUACGAACUGGCAUCACUUGCAAGAUACAACCAGGACUGAUGCUGUUGGCACGAGCAAACUGUACCCAUUCAAUGGAAAGACUCUGGCACAUGUGCUUGACAGCGGCUUUGGCGGCAUUGUAAGCAGUCUGCAGCUGGGGGAUGUU